AUGUUAAUUAUAUCAACAAUCCUUGAGAUUGACGAUGAUAAGUUUUUCAAUACAUCCGUUGUAAUAAACAGUCUUGGAGAAAUAGUUGGCAAGUACAGGAAAAGUCAUGUGCCACCAAUUGAAGCUUCUUUUCUAUCGUCUGGUGAUUUUAACUGUCCCUUGUUUGAAACUGAAUUUGGAAGAAUUGGAAUUCUGAUUUGUUAUGAAAGACAUUUUCCAUUAUGUUGGCUUAUGUUGAAUCGAUUAGGAGCUGAGAUUGUCUUCAAUCCAUCUUCAGAAGAGAGAUUAUGGUUAGUAGAAGGAAGGAAUGCUGCCUUUGCCAACGGGUUCUUCACUGUCUCAACGAACAGAGUUGGGAAUGAAAAGUUUUCAAAUGCCUUAAACUUCAAUUACUUCGGUUCUAGCUACAUAGCAUGUCCAUUGGGAUUCAUGACAAAAACUUUGCCAAAGAGUCAAGAUGGAAUUUUACUUGCUGACAUAGACUUAAACAUCUGUAGACGAGUAAAGGAAAAUUUAUCCUUCCACAAAAAUCAACACCUGGAAGUUUACUUUAAGAAGUUGAAUCAUUUGAUGUCGAAGUGA